AUGUCGUUUGUUGCUGUGCCACAGGGAAGCGAUUUCCCGAUCGAAAAUCUUCCGUACGGUGUGUUUAGUACCGCUGCUAACCCUACUGCUCGUGUUGGUGUAGCAAUCGGUGAGAAGAUCCUUGAUCUAUCGUCAGUUGUGAGCUUUUAUCCGGAGAAUGUGCGAAACGCAUUGCAAGCGACCGUGCUGAAUGAUUUGAUGUCUUUGGGCUGUGAUGCGUGGGCGGAGGUGCGACGCAUCACUAAGGAGCUCUUGCUCGAUGGUUCUCCACUGCACACGGAUGCGGCACUCCAGGCACGUGCGCUGGUGGCACAGUCCGAUGCGAAAAUGCACCUACCGGCAAACAUCGGAGACUAUACCGACUUUUACUCGUCGAUCCAUCAUGCCACCAACGUUGGCGUCAUGUUCCGCGGCAAGGAGAACGCUCUCAUGCCCAACUGGAAGCAUCUGCCGGUGGGCUAUCAUGGACGGGCCAGCUCGGUGGUCGUCUCCGGCACUCCGAUUCGACGCCCUUACGGUCAAACACUUCCGGUUGAUGGUGCCGAUCCGGCUUUCGGACCGUGCCGAUUGUUUGAUUUCGAGCUGGAAAUGGCAUUCUUCGUCGGAGGACCACCUACCGAACUGGGUGAACGGGUUGCGGUCCGUGACGCAUCCAAGCGGGUGUUUGGAUUCGUGCUGAUGAACGAUUGGAGCGCACGGGAUAUUCAGAAAUGGGAGUACGUACCGUUGGGACCUUUUACGGCCAAAAACCUUGGCACCAGCAUCUCGCCGUGGAUCGUCCCGGUGGCUGCACUGGAACCGUUCCUGGUGGACAACUUCCCACAAGACCCGAAACCCUUCCCUUACCUGCAGCACGAGCAGAACUUUAACUUCGAUAUCAAGCUGGAGGUCGACAUUAAGCCGAAAGCAACCGGCGUAGCAACGACGGUCUGCCGUUCGAACUACCGAAACCUGUACUGGACGGCACUGCAGCAGAUCGCACAUCACACUGUCACCGGGUGUAAUCUGAAGCCCGGUGACCUGAUGGCAUCCGGUACGAUCAGUGGCGAUGCGUCCGAUUCGUUCGGCUCGAUGCUGGAGCUAAGCUGGAAGGGUACGAAACCGGUUCCGCUGAGCGGUGGUGAAUCGCGCAAGUUUCUACAGGACAACGACGCGGUCGUCAUCCGCGGGUACUGCAGUACGGACGGGCUGAGAAUUGGCUUCGGGUCCUGUGAGGGUGUCGUGCUUCCGGCAACACCGUUCGAGUAA